CGCACAGUGUGUCCCGGCGUGUGUUAAAAUGUGCUGGACGAUUAAUUGAAUAAUACCUCUGCACGCGGAUUACUUGAAGAACGCCGUGGGACCUUGCAGUGAAACAGGUGCGCGGAUUCAAUAAACACGCGAUGGAGAAGAGAAGAAAGUGAUGGUAAAAAUCGAAACGGAAGAGGAGAACGAGCCGUAGCCGUGCCCAGAUUCGCGAGAUGGAGACUUUCCUCGAGGCGCGAGUCAGUAUAGAAGGCGCGUAAAAUCAGGAUCAGAAAAGGAGAAACAUCCACGGGAUCCAAGAUGGGCAAGUGUUGCAGCAAACGGCAGGAGCCUCAACCUCUUGGUUACAAGAAAGCGGACACGGGGCUAAGCUCGAAACAUAGUAAUGGAGGCUCCUUGGACCGGUACACUGCUGACCCGAAUCAGAGGGGCGUACAAGCGAGGGUGGACAUCAUACGUCCAAGGCCGACACCUUGUAAGCUCCAAAUACCUCAUCAGCCCCGUAAAACAAGCUCGCCUGUUGUGAAGCCUGCAUCGCAUUCGCAAAGGUCGAACAAGAUCGUGGUCGCCCUGUACAAUUACACCGCACGCGAGAGCACCGAUGUCAGUUUCGUGAAGGGUGACCGAAUGGAAGUAUUGGACGAUUCGGAACCCGACUGGUGGAAAGUUUUACACUUGACAACUUUGCAAGAGGGUCUCAUACCUUGGAACUUCGUGGCCGUCGAGCGUUCGGUCGAAAGCGAGGAUUGGUUUUUCGAGAACGUCUCGCGUAAGGAAGCUGGCAAGCUUCUCUUGGUGGACGAGAACCCUCGGGGAACAUUCCUGGUGCGGCCGAGCGAGCACAAUCCCAGGGGAUACAGUUUAUCCGUGAAGGAUUGGGAAGAGGGAAGGGGUCAUCACGUAAAACACUAUAAAAUUAAACCUCUCGACAAUGGAGGCUUCUUUAUCGCCACCAACCAGACAUUCCCCACUCUACCAGCUCUCGUUAUGGCGUACAGCAAGAACGCGUUGGGUCUCUGUCAUGUGCUCUCUAAGCCGUGUCCGAAACCACAACCGGACAUGUGGGAUCUCGGACCCGAGUUGCGAGACAAAUGGGAGAUCAAUAGAAACGAGAUACAGCUGAUACGGAAACUGGGACACGGGAAUUUCGGCGAAGUGUACUACGGUAAAUGGAGAAACAAAAUAGAGGUGGCUGUGAAGACGUUGAGACCGGGGACCAUGUCGACGGAGGCGUUCCUCCAGGAGGCGGCGAUCAUGAAACAAUUCCGACACCGGCACUUGGUCGCGUUGUACGCGAUCUGUUCAAAGGAGGAACCGAUCUAUAUCGUGCAAGAAUACAUGUGCAACGGUAGCUUGCUCGAUUUCCUGAGGACAGGUGACGGCAAAUAUAUGCAGUUCGAGGAUCUGAUUUAUAUCGCGGCCCAAGUGGCCUGUGGUAUGGAACACCUCGAAAACAAACAGCUGAUACACAGAGAUCUCGCGGCGAGAAAUGUGCUGAUCGGCGAGAAGAACAAAGCGAAAAUAUGCGAUUUCGGUCUCGCCAGGGCAAUCGAGGACGACGAAUACUGUCCAAAACAGGGAAGCAGGUUCCCCGUCAGGUGGACAGCUCCGGAGGCCAUCGUUUAUGGUAGAUUCAGUAUCAAGAGCGAUGUUUGGUCUUACGGUAUUUUGCUGAUGGAGCUGUUCACUUAUGGCCAAGUUCCUUAUCCUGGCAUGCAAGGUCGCGAAGUGAUUGAUCAGAUCAACAAAGGUUAUCGGAUGCCGAAACCGUUGAAUCACCCGCUGCCGGAUAGCAUUUACCGGUUAAUGUUGCAAUGCUGGGACGCCAGCCCCGAGAAACGACCCACAUUCGAGUUCCUCAACCACUACUUCGAGUCAUUUAACGUCACCAGCGAAAUACCGUAUCUAGAACCGCCAACGGACUGAUACACAGCUCACAUGCAGAGUCACCUGGUGCCGCACGGUCAUUUCCAUCCAGCGCAUAUCAAUUGCGCCAUGGAGUUUUACGGUAUUUACUGCUAGAUCUCCAGCGAAACAGACAAAAACAACUGGAGGCUCUGUUGCCCUAUUCCUCUUCGCAUCGGCCACGACGGAGUCGUUGCACGAAAUUGAAUUUGAUACUAAGGAGCAUUUCACGUGAUGAGAUUUGGUGGCCGAGAAUUUUGCUAAUGUUACCAGAUAUCUUGAAGCAAUCGUUGUUAAAUGCUGCCAAAAAACAUAUCGCGGUGAUCGCGGUUAAUUUAAGAGGUGUUCUUUUCGACUCUUUUUUAUCUUUACAAUAGAAAUCGAACAUCAUCGAGGAAGCAUUUCAAGAACAAUAAUCUUGUGUGCCAUUGGGACUUUAUACGUACAACAAAUCGUUCGUACUUCGAAGGAGUAUCCGAACUCCGAACCCUUUACGACCAAUCGUGAAUAACUGCCGACUAAUGCCGAGUCAAAUAUUGCGACUGAAACAAGAAGAAAUAUAGGAAUCUCUCUACCCGCUACGUAUCCAAUAUAUAUUAUAGAAUUUAAAAUGGAAUCGUUCAUCGUUCGAAGGUAUUUAUAUCUAACCAUUUUCACAAUUUGGAGAGUAUAUUAAAAGUAAUUGACGAAGGUAUCUUACGGAAAUAAAAUAAAAUAAAAAAAAUGUUUAGAGGGUAGAAAGGAACCAGUUGAGAACUAAAAACGUAGUAUUUUAAAUAGUAGACGAUAUAAUCGAUUAUAUUAGUCCGUCAGUGUAUGAAUACAAUGCAGACAAGCGGAAGUGUUCGCGUAAUUCGUAUGUGUAAUCCGCGCGCGAUUGCUUCUUCGUUGAUCACAGCCGAUUUUUCCUAAGAUCCGUUUCCGGGUGCAUCGUUUCGUGCAUUGAAUGCACAAAUCUGCGUUGGGAUACAAUCACGUUCUGUCGUCAUGUACGCUACGGUUAAAAUGAGUAUUUCCGUUUGAUUUCGACCGUCGAGUAGAACAGUAUUUUAUACGAGAGAUUAAUACGUUUUAUACAUGAACAAAAAACUUUUUAGAUACAUUUUUUGUUCCAUGAGCAAUAUAUAUUAAUUCGAAGGUACAUAUGACCGUUCUUCAAAUAACUCUACAUAUAUAUUAUUAUUUUUUUCUGUGAUCGCCUCCUAUAAACGAUAAAUAACACGACGAACAUACGUUUCAUACAUUUCUUCGUCGCGUUGGUUUAGUUACUUCCUCUUUCAUAUUUUUUGGCUAAGACGAGAGUAAGAAGAUGUUACUAGCUGUAAAAGAAAAACGUACGUUAUACGACCUUUUUUCGAGACUAUAGGAAUUUAUCGAAAGAAAAGGGAAUAAGUGAAUCUAGAGAUAUGCUACUUGAGGUAAAUGAUUAAGUCAUCGAUGUUACUCGUACAAAGUGUCAGAAAAAAGUUGUAAAUUUUCUACUAAACAUACAGAUGGUAGAUUAGUAUAGAGUUUAGGCGGUAGCCCGUGAGGUAGGUAUGAAAUCUCCUCGGAAUGCGAAGCGAACUCGAUUCAUUUCUUUUCUCUUUCGUGAUUCCGUUGUAAGUAUAAAAAUGUUUCACGGAACAAAAGUCGUUCAGAUCCCGAGGAUAUGAUAUCGUUGUCUCGUAUCCCGCGGAACGUAUCGUUAGACGUAAGUUCUUAGACGUACAUUGAACUAUGUCACGAUGAACAGAUGAUGAGCCAUUAUGACACUUUUAGAUAUUAAAGACAGUUAAACGAACAGGAACAAAAAUAAAGAAAAAGAAGAUUAAGUGAAUGAGAGCGUCGAAAGGAGAACGAGUGAAAGUGACAAAAGUGUAAGUGUGUGAGUGGCGACGCUGAGAGAGAGAGGAAGAGAGUGAGAGAAAAUGGGAUUUCGAGCUUGUGGUGAGUUGUUACACCUGUGUAUAUGUACGGUAUUUUUUUUCACGCGCGUCUUGCCGUGACAUUAAGAAACCAGCAAUAAAAUGUCGCGCUCUUCUUAUGGCCCCCCUCCCCCAAACUGUUGCUCAAUCGUAGAAACCGUUCUCUCAUGAAACUAAAAAGCCCGAACAUGUUUGCACUAGCAAAUUACAAACGUUCAAACGAUAUCAAUGGAGAUAUGUACUUUCACGACGUAACGCAGACCUGGAACCAUAUUGCUUAGAGACAAUCAGAAAAUGAGCAUUUCUGUUUCUGGACGAUAUGUUUCUACGUUUUGCAAAUAGGCUUCAUGGUUCACCGGGACUCGCGAACUCGACAUUAUAUUGCCGCAUAACAUAGUAUACCAAUAUAAAAUAUAUAAUGUUUUUUACUAUGAUUAGCGAGGCAAACACCAUACCUUCGUUGUGUGAGUUGACUAAUUUAUUAUAUAUAUAUAUAUAUAUAUACAUAUAAUAUAAAUAGGUAUGAUGCGGUGAAUGCACGUGAAAAAGCAUCAUGUUUAAGUAGAGUUUAGAAAGGUAGCUGUAUUACGUCCAGUAAACUUUUUCUAUGAGCGUUUUAUACCGAUCAAAAUGUUAUUGCGUUUCACACGGAGAAAUGGUCAUUUUAAAGAUUUUUCGCUAACGAUCAUGUUGUCGCCAUAGUUCGUAGAUUUGUAUGAAAUGCGUACGAUCGCCGUACGAAUUCGGCGGUAUAGUUUUUUGUCCAUUGUGGAUGUAUAGAAAGUAAAGUUUCAGUUCUCCAUCCUGAAUGUUUCAAACUGUCGCAUGUACAUGUGUAUUACGUCAUUUCAUUCGAGCAAGACGAAGAGAGUAGAAUAUUUAAAUGUUAAAUACUGGUAAGGGCAUCAUGUGGCCUUUCCACUGGACCUAGAGACUGAUAUCGUUUAGACAAGAGGGACAAAUCAAUUGCAAUUUCGAAUUUUUCUAUUGAAUAAUUAUAUUUGACAAAAUUUCUCACACGUACCUAAAUAAAAGUUUCGAGUUAAUACGAAA